GUUAAUGUCAAAAGUUUACCUUUUAAAAAUGACAAAAUAUAUACUGCAAUGCCUGGAUGUUUUUCGACAAUUCUGUCCCAAGUUAUCCAUUUUAUCUUUUUCAUAGUGAAAUGAGGGAAAAUCAGACAUCAGUCACAGAGUUCAUUCUACUGGGAUUUUGUCUUGACCCAGGGAUUCAGAUGCUUCUCUUUGGGCUCUUCUCCCUGUUCUAUGCCUUCACCCUGCUGGGGAACGGGCUCAUCCUGGGGCUCAUCUGGCUGGACUCCAGACUGCACACCCCCAUGUACUUCUUCCUCUCCCACCUGGCCAUCGUCGACAUAGCCUAUGCCUGCAACACGGUGCCCCAGAUGCUGGUAAACCUCGUGAAGCCAGACCAGCCCAUCUCCUUUGCUGGCUGCAUGACACAAACCUUUCUUUUCUUGAGUUUUGCUCAUACUGAAUGUCUUCUCCUGGUGGUGAUGUCCUGUGAUCGGUAUGUGGCCAUCUGCCACCCGCUCCGAUAUUCUGUCAUCAUGAGCUGGACAGGCUGCAUCAUCCUGGUGGUGACUUCCUGGGCAUGUGGCUCCCUGCUGGCCCUGGUCCAUGUGGUUCUCAUCCUGAGGCUGCCCUUCCGCGGGCCUCAUGAAAUCAACCACUUCUUCUGUGAGAUCCUGUCUGUCCUUAAGCUGGCCUGCGCUGACACCUGGCUCAACCAAGUUGUCAUCUUUGCUGCUUCUGUGUUUAUCUUAGUCGGGCCCCUCUGCCUGGUGCUGGUGUCCUACACGCGCAUCCUGUUCGCCAUCCUGAGGAUCCAGUCCGGGGAGGGCCGCAGAAAGGCCUUCUCCACCUGCUCCUCCCACCUCUGCGUGGUGGGGCUCUUCUUUGGAAGCGCCAUUAUCAUGUACAUGGCCCCCAAAUCCCGCCACCCUGAGGAGCAGCAGAAGAUCCUUUUCCUGUUUUACAGUUUUUUCAAUCCUAUGCUGAACCCAGUGAUCUACAGCCUGAGGAAUGCAGAGGUCAAGGGCGCCCUGAGGAGAGUGCUAUACAAGGAAAGUCAUUCCUAA